AUGCUGCUACUGCUUCUCCUGCUCCCUGCAGCCGUCCUCUUGCCACUCAGGGCUCAAGCUGGGUGGAUCAUCGGGGGGAACGUAUCCUGGCCACACUCCAGACCCUAUAUGGCCUACCUGGAGGUGAGAAUGGGCCAGGUGAACACACAGAUAUGCGGAGGACUGUUGGUGAAGAAGGACUUUGUCCUGACUGCUGCUCACUGCAGCUGUACUGCAGGCAACGUCACAGUCAUCCUCGGAGCCCACAAUGUCCACGAGCCGGAGGAAACCCAGCAGCGCCUGCGUGUGCGACGCAUCAUCCCCCACCCAGAAUUCACCAGGGACCCCCUCACCAACGACCUCCUGCUUCUUCAGGGGGAUUCCGGGGGUCCCCUGGUGUGUAACAGGGUACCCCAGGGCAUUGUCUCCUAUGGAAAAGUGAACGGUUCUCCACCUGCGAUAUACACACGGAUUGCUAAAUUCAUCCCGUGGAUUAGGCAACAGAUGUGCUUGUUCCAGCAGUAAUUAAGACA